CUUUCCUGCUAUUGUGUAAGUUGUAUGUUGCUUAAAUAAACGUGACAUUUCCUAUUAUCUGCAUAGUGUGGAUUGGGGGAGAAAAGAGGGAACAGGAGACGCUAAAACAGUUUAAAAAAUGUACGAACACAGCAUUUUCAAGAUAGUCCUGAUAUUCCUCACUCUUGCUGUAUACAUUGUCAUGGUGGCAUUUAAUGCUGGAGCUGGCUCUGGAUUAAUGACAGGUAUAUUCUUACAGAGAGUGGGAAAUAUCUCCGAUAAAUUCAGAACUGAAUUCACACCAUCUGGAUGGACAUUCAUGAUCUGGAAUGUGAUCUUUGCUUGGCAGUUUUUGUGGCUUGGUUAUGUCCUUUCUGGGAUUUGCAGAAGGAGUGAACUUGGUUGGAUGUAUUUGAAACCAGAUGUGUUUCCAGUCUCCUUCUACAUUGUGUGGAUUCUGAAUAAUAUUCUGAAUAUAGGAUGGCUCUUCCUGUGGGACCGGGAAUUUUUUAUUCCUGCCUUGGUAUUUCUGGGUGUCAUUGCUUUGACAAACCACAUAGUACUCUUUAUUUCCUACCGAUCGCUUUACCUUUAUGGAGAAUGGUUUUCUAGACAAAGGCGAGUGGACUUGUGGCUUAUUCGAAUCUUUGCUCAGAAUGGAAUUGCUGUCUAUGCAACUUGGACCACGAUAGCAUGUCUGCUAAACUUUGCAGUUGCUUUGACAUACAAUGAUGACAUUCCCAAUAGCACCUCCUCUACUGUAUGCCUGGCUAUCCUGGCUUUUGAAGUGGUUUUAUGGUUCUUGUUGGAAAACUUUCUAUUUGACAAGUAUGUCCGCUAUACACUGACUGUGUAUCCUGUGGUCAUUGUGGCCUUAUCUGGAGCGCUGGACAAGAAUUUCAAUGAAUCCUCCCCUGGUGGAAAUGAUAUUUUCAUAGCGGUGUUGCUGGCAUUGGCCUGUGCCAUAUUUGCUAUACGUCUUGUGUUGGUCAUAUGGAGACACUUCAAGCAGCCAUUUUAUACAAGAUCCACAAAAUCAUCAUUUCCUUUGUCAUAGGAAGAAUGUAAUGCCUGAGAUUUGAACCAUGGUGCCAAAAUGAUGUCUGUUUCAAUAUUUGUCAAUGGUUCUCUUCCAUCCUCUACUGCUAUGAUGUAAUGAAAAGGGAAUAUAAAUUGUGGGGAAAAUAAAUAUAUAUAUAGUAAAAGGGGUGUUUCUUUCUCAACUCACCUAGUUUAGGGCACAUUAGGUAAAAUAUUUUUGCAAAUACAUUCAUUUAGCAAAUUUGCCUUCUACUAAUCUUCCUGCUCCUUUGCAGCUCUAGUUAACAACUCUUUGCCUAGGUUGCAGACCACCACUCCACUCU